AUGCCGCGCAAGACGGUCUUUGUGCACAACGUGAGCGGCUACGUCGGCUCACACCUGUCGAAGCGGUUCGCCGACCGGAAUGCGGGCUCGCAAGAGGACGGCGAGCAGGAGGAGUGGGAGGUGAUCGGAACGCUCGCCUCGGCCUCCGAGACCAAGCCUCACUGGGUGGCGAGGACGGUGGAGCCCACUCCAGAGGGGCUUGAAGCGGCCUUCCUCGAGGCGGACAUGACGGUUCUGGACUGCCUCAAUGCGCUCGAGCUCGCCGAGAUGCAGCUCGCAGCGAUCCCGCCGGCCGAUCGCAUCCCAGAGCCAAAGGUGCUCGUCGGCGUCUCGUCGGUGAUGACCUGGACACGCACAACAAUUGACGAGAGCGCUCCGGAGGAGCCGCUGACAGAGGCCGAGUACAAGCGCCGCCGGCCGCAGGUCAAUUUCAAGGAGCUGCUGGCGCUCGAGAAGCUCGUGACGAAGAGCCAGCGCGACGGGGCACUGCGGACGCACGUGGUGGCGGCCGGCCUCACGUAUGGCGGAGGGGAGGGGGUGCUCCACCCGCUAUUCAAGCGCGCGUGGAGCGGAGAAGCACUGCCGCUGCUGACGCUUGGCGACGCCUCCAACCUGCUCCCAACCAUCCACGUCGCUGACCUCUGCUCCGUCGUCGAGUCGCUGCUGCCGGCGGACCCCGCCAAGCCGUACCUCGUCGCGGUGGACGCGGGGCAGCAGCAGCAGGAGCCGCAGACGCUGGCGGCGGUGACCGAGGCGCUCUCGAAGGAGCUCGGCACGGGUUUGGUGGCACCCAUGACGCAGGACCAGGUCUUCACCACCAAGGACUAUCAGUUCUUCCAGGCUGGCAUCCGGCUGCGGCCGGCGGCGGUCGAUGAGCUCGGCUUUUCGUGGCACUCGCGGGAGGGCGUGCUGGCGAACAUGCCCUCGGUGGUGCGGGAGUACCGCGAGGCGCGCAAGGUCAGCCCGCUGCGCCUGCUCGUCCACGGCAACGACGACCUUGCCGUGGGCGCCCUCGCCGCCGCGGUGGCGGAGGAGUACCGGCUGCCGCUGGUCCGCGCCCCGUCGGCUCUCGCGGCGGCGGCAGAGGGCGACGACGAGCUCGGCGCAGAGGUGAAGGCGGCCGGCGGGACGGUGUCGGACGAGACGCUCGCAAAGGUCCUCGCGCGGGAGCUCACAUCGCUCGGGUGCCGGAACCAGGGCUACAUCCUAGAGGGGUGCCUCCAGACGCUCGCCCAGGCGCAGCUGCUCUUCCCCGAGGCUGCGCCUGGCGAGGGCGAGGAGCCGCCGGCAGCCGAGGCGGAAGGGGAGGAGGGUGCGGCUGCGCCCGCGACGAAGGCCGCCGCCCCCGAAUUUGUGAUUGUCCUCGAGGCCUCCCAGGAGGAGGUGCUGCGGAAGCAGCAGCAGGGCACGGAUGAGGAGAGCCUCGCCGCUCGGCUCGCGACCUACGAGACGCACAACGCGGAGGGCAGCGAGACGUCCCCGCUCGCGCACCCCGCGCUCGCCGCCCAGCGGGAGCGGGAGCUGCUCGAGGUGCGCUCCCAGCCGCUCCGCCACUACCUGAUGGCCAACGUGAUCCCCACACUUACGGAGGGCAUCAUCGAGGUUUGCAAGAUCAAGCCCGAGGACCCGGUCGACUACCUCGCCGAGUGGCUCCUCAAGCGGAGCCCCGUGGACGGCCCCGCCGGCGACCCCGACGACGCCAUAGCGGCCUAG